UUACAGCUGCCCGUGUUGGUUGCAGCUGCCCGUGUGUGUGGGAGCUUUUUCCAUACCAGUUGAGGCGUUGUAAAUGUGACUCUGAGCUUCGGCUGCGAGUUUUCCUUUUAUACGACUCAACGAAAGAGAGACGUUUGAGAGAGAGAGAGAGAGAGAGAGAGGGGGAGAGAGAGAAGGUGGGGACCCGUUUCGUAUCGAAGAGGUUAGAGAAAGGCAAAGACCUGUUUACCUUUUUGUAUUUAACGGAAUUGAUAUCGCUCUUGAAAGCGUAGAAGGAUGUUGCAGAGGCCGAGAAGACGGUGCGAAGGCACGGCCAUGGGCGCAAUCGUUCUCGACUUGCGACCUGGUGGUGGCCUUGGACCCUUCAAUCUAGGAAUGCCGAUUUGUGAAGCUUUUGCUCAAAUUGAACAGCAACCCAAUAUAUAUGAUGUUGUUCAUGUGAAAUACCUAGAUGAGGAGCCUUUAAAGCUAGAUAUUGUGAUCAGCUUUCCAGACCAUGGUUUCCAUAUCCGAUUUGAUCCUUGGUCACAGAGGCUUCGGCUUAUAGAAGUUUUUGAUGUGAAAAGACUUCAACUGCGCUAUGCGACUUCGUUGAUUGGGGGUCCUACAACCCUUGCUACUUUUGUAGCAGUAUAUACUCUUUUUGGGCCAACAUUCCCUGGAAUAUAUGACAAAGAUAGGGGAAUUUACACGCUAUUCUAUCCAGGGCUAUCAUUUGCAUUUCCCAUCCCUCCUCAGUAUGCUGAUUGCUUCCAUGAUGGUGAAGCGGAGUUGCCUCUUGAGUUCUCAGAUGGAACAACUCCAGUUACUUGCCGUGUUUCUAUCUAUGAUAGUUCAAGGGAUGGUAAAGUUGGUCUGGGAUUUCUUGUGAAGAAUGCUUCCCCUCCUCCAUUACCUGUUGGAAGUCUAUACAUGGAAGAGGUGCAUGCUAAGUUGGGAGAAGAGUUGUGGUUUACUGUUGGUGGUCAGCAUAUGCCCUUUGGUGCAUCACCACAGGAUGUGUGGACUGAGUUAGGCCGCCCUUGUGGAAUACAUCAGAAGCAGGUUGAUCAGAUGGUGAUUCACUCUGCCUCAGAUCUUCGACCACGAUCAACUCUUUGCGGGGACUAUUUUUAUAAUUAUUUUACUCGUGGGCUUGACGUAUUAUUUGAUGGCCAGAGUCAUAAGAUCAAGAAGUUUGUGUUGCAUACGAACUUUCCGGGUCAUGUAGACUUUAACUCAUACAUCAAAUGCAAUUUUGUCAUCUAUGGGGCUGAUAUUGGUGGACAAUGCCUUGAAGGAGAUUUAUUAAAACAUUCCAUUACCCCUAGCACAAAGUGGGAUCAAGUAAAGGAGAUACUUGGGGAUGGGGGACGAGCAGCGAUUCAAACGCAGGGGUCUACCAGCAAUCCUUUUGGGUCGACAUUGGUAUAUGGUUACCAAAAUGUAGCAUUUGAGGUGAUGAAGAAUGGCUAUAUUGCGACUGUUACUCUCUUUCAAUCAUGAGGAGAUUGAGGGAAAUGCUUGGUUUUCUAAUGCUGCAAGAGGGCAUUCAAUGAGGUGCUCCUUCACCUUUCAGGAAACUUCAUGUACGCAUGUGGCCAUGUACAGUUGAUUUAUUGGAUAUAUAAUGAGUGAAAUUUGUAAAUAUGAUAAAAAUGUUGUUCUUUGGUGUUUAUUGAUAUUGGUUUAUUUAGUGUUUGUGUGCGCUUUUGCAUAUCCA